UCUGGUGGUUGUUUGGGCAGUUGACAUAAUACUGUAGCAAGGUGGUCAUUCCAUUUGUGAAAAUGUAACAAGAAUGUCCAUCAAGCAGGACAGGGCGAUACGACCUCAGACACUUAAGUAAAGUGUUGCUGCUGCCGAUCCCUUCCGGUCUCCGUACAGGAAUUCCAACUGCAUGACGUCAUCCUGCCAACAAAGUAGGCUAUUCCAAAACUGAACGGCGAUAUUUUCCUUCCUAAGAAAAUGUACCCGGGAUUUAAACUACAAUUUCUAUAUACGUUUCUUGUAUUCGUAGUAUAAAUAACCCCGAAUGUAACACACACUGGAUCACUGUGAGAACUUUCUGGGAAAUAAAGAACAAAUAACGACGACACAACAAUUAGAUGGAGGAGCUGGAAGGUACAGAUGGACGCCACUGUGCGGGUUGCGGGGGAACAAUUCAAGACACAUUCAAUGUGAAGGUUCUUCAAGGAACUUGGCACAAUGCCUGUUUUCAGUGCUCAGAGUGCUGUGACCACCUGACCAACUGGUACUAUGAGAAGGAUGGAAAGCUGUACUGCCGUAAACACUACUGGGAGAAGUUUGGAGAGCUGUGUCACGGCUGUUCUCUGCUCAUGACUGGACCUGCCAUGGUGGCCGGAGAAUACAAGUAUCACCCAGAGUGCUUUGUGUGUCUGAGCUGCAAAGUUGUCAUCGAGGACAGGGACACCUAUGCCCUGGUGGAGCGCUCCAAACUGUACUGUGGGAAGUGCUAUAAGCAGGUCGUCCUGGCACCCGUGUUGGAGAAGCGUUCCGCCGACUCAUCCCUGGACUCUCUGCCUCACACGGUCACCCUCAUCUCCAUGCCCUCUGCCACCAACAGCAAGAGGGGCUUUUCUGUCUCUGUCAUAGGGGACGCGGCCAGCGGCUUGGCUAGCGUGCAAGUCAAAGAAGUCCGAGGGAUGCAUAUCAGCCCGGAAGUUCGGGAUGCCAUCCACGUUGGUGACAGGAUCCUGGAGAUCAACGGUCUUACAGUGGGGACACUGGUGGAGGAAGAGGUGGAGGACCUCAUCCAUCGGACCAGUCAGACACUGCAGCUGCUCAUAGAGUAUGAUCCAGUCAGGCAGCGGUUGGACAGGCUCAGACUGGGGUCCUCGCAAAACCGCUUGGGGGUCCCCGCCACCUCCCGCAUGCGCCUGUCUUCGCCCUCUAACAGUGUUCUGGAGAGGACAGACGUGGUGGAUGACGGCACCCUAAAGAGGAGGUCUCUAAGGCGUAGCAACAGCAUCUGUAAGUCCCCUGGGCCAACCUCCCCUAAGGAACACCCUAUCCUGACCCGGGACAUUGGGCGCUCCGAAUCCCUGCGCUCCUCCAGCAGCUGCUCCCAUCGCAUCUUCCGCCCCUGUGACCUCAUCCACGGAGAAGUGCUGGGCAAGGGCUUCUUCGGCCAGGCUAUCAAGGUAACCCACAAAGCCACUGGUGAGGUGAUGGUGAUGAAGGAGUUGAUUCGCUGUGAUGAGGAGACGCAGAAGACCUUUCUAAAGGAGGUCAAAGUGAUGAGGAGUCUGGAACAUCCCCACGUGUUGAAGUUCAUCGGUGUGCUAUACAAGGACAAGAGGCUGAAUUUAAUAACAGAGUUUAUUGAGGGAGGCACACUGAAGGAUUUCAUUGGAGACAUGGACCAGUUUCCAUGGGAGCAGAGGGUUAGUUUCGCCAAAGGCAUUGCUUCUGGAAUGGCUUACUUGCAUUCAAUGAGCAUCAUCCACAGAGAUCUUAACUCUCACAACUGCCUGGUGAAACUGGACAACACAGUGGUGGUGGCAGACUUCGGCCUAUCCCGGCUCAUGGUGGAGGAGGUCAAGCAACCUCCCCCUGAGAAACUGGUCAAUAAGAAGAGGGUUUUCAGGCGCAUUGACCGUAAGAAGCGCUAUACAGUGGUGGGGAACCCCUACUGGAUGGCUCCAGAGAUGCUGAAUGGUAAACGCUAUGAUGAAAAGGUGGACAUUUUCUCCUUUGGGAUUGUGCUUUGUGAGAUUAUUGGGCAGGUGAAUGCAGACCCAGAGUGCCUUCCCAGGACCUAUGACUUUGGCCUGAAUGUAGACAAGUUCAUGGAGAAGUUUCUCCCUGACAACUGCCCUCCAGCUUUCUUCCCAUUGGCUGUGGCUUGUUGUGACCUCAUCCCUGAAAACAGGCCUGCCUUCCAGAAGCUGGAGGACUGUUUUGAGGCCCUGUUCCUUAACCAGGAGAUGGGCAUCCGUCUGCCAGCCGAACUGGAAGAGCUGCACCAGAAACUGUGUCGACUCCACCCUCCAAAAGAAAGCUCCUCGCUCCCAGCUCCCCAGAGCACAGUCCCAACACCAGUCCCCCCAGAGGAGUCCAGCCUGGCUGACAAUGGCACCUAGCAGACGCCUGCCCCUCUGGAUCCCCAAGCCCUCCCUCCAAGACCGCAGCCUGGACUGCACUAACACAGCUGGAGGAGGGGUGGGGAAGACAAACCUAACUCAUGCCAUCUGGGAACUGGAUAACCUGAGCGAGCUGGACCAAGCUCCUCUCUCUGUGUGUUAUGUUGAUAUGGUCUGUAGUGGAUGUGUAUGAGUGACCAUACAGCUCUGAGAGCACCAAGGAACUGCAGUGUGUGUAGACUGGAGACAAGGGAGGAGACACAUUUUAAUGAGAAGACUAGAGGUGUUUGGUAUUUAUUUUUGUCCUGUUACAUUUUUUAAAAUGCUUUUUUUUUUGCACACACCAGGACAUGCAGGGUUUUACACAUCUGUUUGCCCUGCUAUCAGAUCCUGUUAUGUGGUUGGUUCUCUGCUCUCUCAAUGUGAUUCCUUAUUUUAUCGAGACCAUCUCUCUGCAGCAUUUAAUAUCAAUCCUCAUGUGAAAGCUGUUGUGUUUUUCACGGACUGUUUUUAUCUCGUCGGGUGGGUCUUAAGUUAUAGUGUGGAUUGUGGAGAGAAGACUCGCUCGGCGAGCAACAGCAGUGAAAAUCGAGAUGUGUGACAGACUAGCUGAUUGACGGAGUUAACCCAGGGCAGAGCAUUUGGAGUGAAGUUUGUUUACCAACAGGAGGACAGAGGGGUAUCCUACGAAGCAGAUUUGAGUAGUUAGCAAGGUUACUUUGGUCAACUCGGAAUAACUGGUCAUACGAAGGUGAUUCACCUUUUAUCCAGGUAAAUUUCUAUGACAAUGAAUCCUUCAGAACUAACCUUUUCCGGGUCAGGCUAAUUCAGUUAACUCUACUUACUCUGAAAUGACUGAGCCACGAGUUGAGGACUGCAUUGUCAUCCCUUUCAAUUAGAGGAAGACGACUGAUUAAAAUAUAUCACAUUACACAUUUAUUACAUGCACUCGCAGUUACAAGCCUGCUAGAGUUAGUGGCAGGCGGACAAGCAAUAUCCACCGUCAUAGUACGGAUGAAGCCUGAGCUGGAAUGUGAAGCUAACUGAAACUAGUUAGCUUUCGAAAACGCUAAGUAGAUUUAGCUUGCUUUGUAGGAUACCCCUUUGGCGUGAAGAGCACAGCAGGGACCAAACAAGCACUCUCUGAGGAGGCCACACACUGUCACACCAGUCAGAGAAAUAUGUGGAGCUGUGUCAAAGGAAUGUCAUGAGCUCACUGACCAGGAAAAUCCUCUUCAAACAGUGAUUCAACUUGAAAUGUGACCUUGAUUUUAGAGAACCUCCCAGCUUCAAUGAUGGCAUCAGAUUCACUCUACAACUGUUAACAGUAAUCAUCCUUUAGUCUUAUUGUCAUGUGGUUUGUGGGGCAUCUACUAAUGUAAAGUUACUGUAGAGGGUGGACAUGGUAGUGUAUAGAUUUUCUUACAAUUAACUAAAUGUUUUUAAUCCACUAAAUUAACUGAGUUUGUUUUGUCCAUGUGCACAUGGACAGAUUUUUAAUUGUUUUAUGAUUUGGGAAUUUGGAGCUGUUGACAGAUUUGGAGUUUGUUACAGGAUGAAUAGUGUUUUUACAUGCAGCACACCUUUAGAACCAGACUGGUACCUGGUGCUUGUUGAUAAGGACCACUCAACUCUGAUUGGACAGCAUGAACCUGGUGUGUACUUAAUGGAGCUCUGCUCUCAAAGGCAUUGUACAACUUACUAAAAAAGGCUCUGUUUACACAGGCAACCCAAUUAUGAUCUUUUUCCCACAUUCGUCUUGACCAAUCACAUCAGGUAGCCUAUCGGUUAAGAGCGUUGGACCAGUAAGAAAUCUGGUUCAAUUCCCCGAGCUGACUAGGCAAAAUCUGUCUGUGCCCUUGAGCAAGGCAUUUAACCCUAAUUGCUCUGCUAAAUGUAUAUUUUUCAGAUCUGUUUGGUCAAAGGACAAAUUAGUGAAAUAUCUAAAUUGGGUUGCUUUUGUAAACCCUGAAGUGAAUUGUAGUUAAAUAAAACUGGAUUUAUAUAUUUAAGUUGGCUGUAAGAAAUGUAUAUAUGCCUAAGGGAAUCAAGGGUUUGUAGAUUUGUUUAGACAUGAACAAUAUUUGUAGAAUAUGGAGAUUAAAAUAAACAUGGUUUUGUAUGCUA